AUGGCAGGAGCGUCUGUGUGCAUAUACCACUUCCUUGUUUGGGGCUGGUAUAUUUUCAUCAACUGUUAUUUCUCCUUCCAAGGAGCAGAGCAGCAAUCAUUGCAAAUGUUCCCGUAUGGAGGCCAGUGGAAAUACUUGACAAUACUGAAUCUGCUCUUACAGGCCAUUUUCUACGGCAUUGCCUGCUUGGAUGAUGUGUUGAAAGGAAUGAGGAGAAAUAAAGACAUUAAGUGGGUAACUGCCUCCAGAGACCUUCUCUUCACAACCUUGGCUUUUCCUGUGUCUACAUUUGUGUUUAUGUCAUUCUGGACACUCUUUCUGUAUGACCGAGAGCUGGUUUACCCUAAGUCUCUGGAUGGAAUCAUUCCAAAUUGGUUGAAUCAUGCUAUGCACACUGCUGUGUUGCCUUUUUCCCUGAUUGAGAUCUUUCUCAAACCGCAUCAGUAUCCAUCUAAGAAAAAAGGGCUCACUUUACUAGGCUGUGCUGCCUUUGCCUACAUCUACUGGAUCCUGAGGAUUUAUUAUGUAACCAAAAAGUGGGUGUAUCCUGUAUUUGCUAAGCUCAGUCCAGAGAGCUUAGUAGCCUUCUUCUCUGUCAGCUAUGUCUUCCUGGCCUGCAUCUACCUCCUUGGAAAGUACUUUAACCAGCUGAUUUGGGCUUCUUUCGUAAGCUCCCUGAGGGCACAGGCCUUAUAA